AACAGGCGGACUUAUCCCACCUGGUGAGUGCUCAGGAAGAUAAAAAGGGACCUCGCUCACAAGUCACCGUUCAUGACACGUCUGUUCAACCGUCGCCGACAUGUACUGCCCAUACCAUCGUAGUGUCGAGGACUGGUUCCAGGACUUCCAGCGCGGUUCGAGCGUCGCUUCCGAAUGCCCUUGCAUCGUUCUGUCUAAGGAGGACAGUGACGCCGCCUUCCUCGGGAACACGCCGCAGGCUUCACCCACUGCCUAUGCGCCGGAUGCAGAUAUUGCGCUUUACCUAAACCUCAAUGAGCAUCUACUGGAUGCCAACUCAUCAAGCAUCCACCCCAACCUCGCUAUCAACCCUCUCGCGGCGCCGAUUGCUCAUCAAGCAAUUGGCACGCAAUACGCCCCAGAAGGAGCUGAUCCGGCGAACACAACAAAUGCGCUUCAGCACCACACCUAUGGUGGACUUCUUGCCAGCACGCCCCCUUUUGCCCAAGCUCCGGCCAUCACGGUAGGCGGCGCGGCGGAGACGGUCUGCUUCUUCGGCGGCCCAUGCGACCAUCUCACGCUGGACAUGCUGCCGAUUCAGAGCAAGAUCUCAGUGAUCCAGAAGCACCUUAAGGAACACCACGAGCCCACCUCCGGGUUCACGAAGGACCGAUGUGGUAACGUCAUCUGCGAGUGGAAGGAUGCCGCGGGACCGUGCGCCAAGGCGGUUGGGGAUGGUCUACAACUCGCGAAGCACGUCGCCACGGUGCACUUGAAACUCUUUCAAAUCAAGUGCGGAGGUUGCGGACAGAUGUUCUCCAGGAAAGAUAGCCUUGACCGUCACCUACUGAUGGGCCGGUGCUUCCACGUUUGAACCAUCGCACGAUUCAACAUUAUCUCUAUACUCAUCUACGCCACCUCAAUCUCUUGAUCAACGAGUCGAAACCACAUAACAUGUCGACGCACUCACAUCCUCUUCACCACCCUCAUGACCAGCAUGGUCUGGUCGUCACUAGUUCCCGAGCGAUGUAUAUUAGAUUGAAGUUGUAUUUUACGCACGCACAUCUGUAUCAUUGACCCUAUGAGCCGAACCCCCUGCGGACGCGUUCCCCAUGGUGUCCGAC